AUGAGUAAUUGCUGCUUCACCAAUAUGGCCAAACAGUUUGAUGAUAAUGAUAAAGUGGUCACAAUGCCACUCGUCAAGAUAACAAUACUAUUGUUGAGCGAAUCAGGUGUGGGAAAGUCCACAUUCAUUAACGCAAUCGUAAACUAUAUGUCUUUCGAGAGUAUGGAUGCGGCGAACGGACGGCCCAUAUGUUUAAUACCCGUCAGCUUUACGAUAGCAGAUCCGAAGACAAAAAGACCAGUGAAGGUAACACUGGGUAAUCAUAAUGACAACGAAAAUACUAGAGACCCGACACAAUCGGCCACAAAGUAUCCCAAAUGUUAUACGUUUGAAACCGAGAAAAUAAGCCUCAAUAUAAUCGAUACGCCGGGAAUUGCGGACACGGAUGGCGUGGAGAGGGAUAAUAGAAAUAUGCAAAACAUAUUGAAUUUUAUUAGCAAUUAUCGGGAAAUCAACGCCUUUUGUGUGCUUUUAAAGCCAAACGAAUCGAGAGUUGGCGUUGUGUUCAAGUAUUGCAUAUUAGAAUUGUUCACUCAUUUGAAUAAAAGCGCCGCAAAUAAUAUACUAUUUCUGUUCACAAACUGCCGGAGCACUCAUUACAUGCCCGGAGAAUCCGGACCCGCUUUAAUCAAAAUAUUGGACCAAAUUAGGGAAAAUCCGCCAAAUGUUGACAUCCCUUAUAACGCGGACACAACGUAUUGUUUCGAUAACGAGGCCUUCAGAUAUUUGGUGGCUUCAGUUCCGCCAAAUAAUAUACAGUUUGAUCCGCAAUAUAAGUCCAGUUAUGUUGAAAGUUGGGACAGAUCUGUGGAAGAAUGUCAACGAUUAUUCGAUCACAUAAUACAACUACCGCCGCAUAAAGUGAUGGACACACUAUCGGUGAAUAACGCCAAACAAAUCAUACAAUUACUAAUCAAACCGUUGGCCGACAUCUCGAAGAAUAUCGCGGAUAACGUAAACCAAUGCGAGAAACAUAGGACUGAAGUGAAUGAAUGUAUGGGAAGUAUUGAUGAGUUGCGUACAAAACUAGACAUACCAUCGGUUGAGAUCAUAUCCGUACCAUUGGAUCGGCCGCAGACUGUGUGCAGCGCUGAGCAGUGCAUUGAACGCGUGACAAACCACGGCGUAACCCACAUUAAUUAUAAAACCAAAUGCCAUUCGCCAUGCUACCUCAGUUUUGGCGAUGGUAACAUCGUGGGCAAUGAUGGUUUACUCAGAUGCAACGCGUUCAACGAAUAUAGCACCAGCGAUUGCGAAUCAUAUGGAUUUUUAGACAUGUUAUUAUUACCAUAUGUAGCACUUAUAGGCUUAUUUACCGAGCAGACAGAGUGCCACGAGUGUGGUCACAGUUAUGAUCAGCAUAUGCACAUGGUGAACGAGACGCAAACUAAAGUGACCAUGGUGCGUGACCCGGAGGUGGAUACCGCUAUUGAGUCGACCCGAUCGGCCGCUGAGGCCAAAGAGGAGCACAUCAAAAGUCUGGACCAACGGAUCGCCGAAUUGAAGGCUGAAAACGAGACAAUCGUUCAGUCGAUGUCAUUAUUUGCCUGUUUUCUGGCCAACAAUGCGUUAACGCCUAUAAACGACGCGUUCGAGGAAUACAUCCGACACCUGAUAGCCAACGAACGGCACAACACUUUUAAUGCCAACUCCGGGGCCACAAUCACACGACUCGAACAUGUGUUGAAGCAAUACAACAAUGAGAAGCAGUUAAUCAUAAGGGAAAUGGACGGCUCGGCCGCCAGUGCCAAGCGGUCGUCCAUUACUAUCAAGGAAAUAGAUGAUCGCGUGAACAAACUGUGCUCGCUUAAGCAUAAAGGUCCCGAAAUUCGGGCCAUGUUGGACCAGCUGAAAAAGGCCAAGGUUGCGCAUAACGCCGAUGCCAACAAGUGGGAGAUAAAUAAUAAUAAAAACUAUAAGAACUGGUAG